AUGACAAGCCUCGAGGUGCUCCAGGUCCAUCUCUAUCCCCCUGCUUUGGAGGUAGACUGUGUCUCCUGCUCACUGGGCUUCUCCCCUCUGUCCGAGGGCCUGGUCAAAGGGGGGGAGGGGAAUCUGGCUCUGCUGGGGCUGGGUCUGGCGCGCUGCUCUGCUCUGCUGGGGCCGGGUGGGUCCGCCGCUCUGCUGGGCAGGGUGGGUAUGCUGCUCUGCUGGGCCGGGUGGGUCCGCUGUAGAUAUAGUCCCACCCUGAGUCAGCAGUCUCGAGUCACUGUCUGCAGCAUCUAUGAGCUCACAGUCUCUGAUGUGGCUCCAUUUCCAUGGUACACCAGGCAAGACCCCAAACAUGGAGCUGUGAGCCUUCUUCUCUCCUCCUCUGAUCGACCACUGCUGCCCAGAGCCAAAACUACCUCUCUCUGUCGGGGUUUGGCCCCUGUCCCGCUCUUGGCAACCCCACGAAGGGAGGGCUCUGUGAACUUUCCCCAGCUGCUCUCUAGGCACAUGCUGCAUUGCUACCAUUCCCUGACCACUUCGACAUCCUCCACCAUGACCAAACCACUUGCCCUUUGA